AUGAAGACGGUUGUUUAUCUAGGAAGAAGAAAGGGGACAAUUAAUUAUUUUGCCAUUCAUUGCGCUGAAAAAUGCAAAAGAGCUGAACUAACAAACUGGGUUCGUCUGGCUCGUGGAAUCAGACACAAGAAUAUAGUGAGAUUUCAUGAAUGGUAUGAAACAAGCAGCCAUCUCUGGCUUGUAGUGGAAUUAUGCACAGGUGUUUCUCUAGAAACUGUCAUUGCUCAAGAUAAACACCUACCUGAAGAUGUAGUGAGAGAAAUUGGUGUUGAGCUGGUUACAGGUUUAUACCAUAUUCAUAAGCUUGGAAUUAUCUUUUGUGAAUUGACACCAAGAAAGAUUCUGCUGGAACGGUCUGGCACUUUGAAAUUCAGUAGUUUUUGCUUGGCUAAAAGGGAUGGUGAAAACUUGGAAGAAUUUUUUGCUUCAGUUGAAAAUGAAGAAGGUGAAGAUGUUAGUGAAAGCCCUCCACAAAGACAUCUGAAAACCAGAUUUCGAGGCUCUCCAUUAUACACAGCUCCAGAAGCAAUAAAGGGAGAGGAGUUCUGCAAAGCCAGUGACCUGUGGUCCUUGGGAUGUUUACUCUAUGAAAUGUUCUCAGGAAAACCACCAUUCUUCUCAGAAAACGUUUUUGAAUUAGUUGCUAAAAUUUUAUGUGAAGAUCCAUUGCCACCUAGACCAGCAGGUUCUGCUUGUCACAAACCUUCUGCUGAGUUCAUCAGUUUGCUUGAUGGGUUACUUCAGAAGGAUCCUCAGAAAAGGCUGAGUUGGACAGACCUCUUGCAGCAUCCAUUCUGGAAAGGAUCCCUUAGUAAUUGUGGUGAUGCUGCAGACAGACAGCGCACAAACUCAGGCAGUGAAGACUCAGAGUCAUCAGUGUCUUGGAGUGCUAAAGAGCCAGUGCAUACUUACGAAAAUCUGAAUAACCUGUCAUCCUCUAGACUACCAAGCAGUUCUUUCAAAAUAGAAACUCAGACUGAAUUGCGCCCCAAAAGUGCAGUUGAUGGUGAAUCAAAUGAUUCCAUGUUUGUUCUCAGUUGUCGUCCCACACCUAGAACUAGCACUGCAGUCGAAGUAAGUGCUGCUACUACUGCCCCAAUCAAAAAUUAUCCACAAUGAGAUUCUUGCUUGGAGGCUGAAAAUACGUGCGCAAGUCAGCAGGAUAUUGUGUCAGCAUUGAAAGAGCUCAUUUACACUAAUUCUGAUCUUGUCAAAACACCAAUCAUUGACUAUCCAAAGAUAAUGAAGCAAUUACCAGUUAGAUUUGACUUGAAAACUUUGCAUAUACCAGCACAUUCGGCUGAGAAGCUAUCAUCUAUGGAAGACAUGGACUGGGAUAACUUUCUGAAACGAGUAUGUUCACUGCUUGAUUCCACUGACAAGAAUGCAGGAGCAGCACGUUCUAAACUGAACUUACUGUAUUAUCUGUGUACUGUGGCUGUCCACAAGGAGAUUGCAAGCAGGCUAAUUAGCUCUCAACUGUUUCCUGCAUUGAUCCAGCAGCUGCGUGCAGCCUCCAACUGGGAUAUAAGUGCCAAAGCUGCUCGACUGAUUGGUUUACUGGCAUUACACACAUCUGAACUUGGAGAAAAUGUACCUAUUUCUGAGGCAACCAUACUUUUAAUAGAACUCAUCAGAAAGAACUUCAUAAACAACAAAUUGAAGCAAUGCCUUCUACCAACACUUGGAGAGCUUCUUUACCUCAUAGCCAGCAAGGAGGAAAAAGGGGAGCACCCCCGAGAAUGCUGGGCUGUUCCCUCAGCUGCUUACAUUGUGCUAAUGAGAUGUCUUCGGGACGGGGAAGACCAGGUAGUGCACCAUUUGGCAGCAAAGAUAAUUGAAAAUGUUUGCACUACUCGUACAAGUCAUUCCCAAGGAUUUAUUACAGGAGGAAUUGUACGUGGCUUGUGGUACCUUUUCACACAUUCUACAAUAGAUUCUUUGAAGAUAACUUCUGUUUCGGCUUUGUGCAGAAUUACUCGUGCCUCACCUGAUGCUUUCCGGAAUCUUAUUGAGAAUGUGGGAUUAACAGCUGUACUAUAUUUCUUGGCAAAUGGAAAAUGCAAAGUUCAGCAGUACAUACUCACCAUGUUUUCAGCAAUAUUGUCACAUGGGAUUCAUCUGCAGAGGCUAAUUCAAGAAAAGGAUUUUGUGGCUACAAUUACUCAUUUACUUGAAAGUUCUUCAACUUUUGUUCGAGCAAAAGCCUUUCUGGUCCUGCUACAAGUUUUAAUUAAAAACAGGAAGAUGCUGCUACUCAGUUAUCAAGCAAGACUCGUGAUGUAUAUUGAAAGAGACAGCAGAGAGGCCACGCUAGGAAAAGGGCAGCAAGGUGGCAGCGAAUACCUGUCAAAAUGCCUGAAUCUUCUCAUCUAUCACAUUGUGCAGGAGUUGCCAGGAAUUCUAGGUGAUAUUCUCUCUGCCCUAAGUAAAGUCUCGGGACGUAAAUAUCCAUCAACAACUCAGACCAAACAGCUGCAGAUGUGCCUUCCUAUGAUGCCUGUAGUGCUUCAACUUGUGACAUCCCAGGUAUUUCGUCCUCAGAUAGUCACAAAGGAGUUUCUUUCCAACUAUGGCACUUUACUUAAGUUCAUCAGCUUGAUAGAUUCAGGAAAACCAAACUUGGAUACAGCAAUAGGGAAAGCUGGUUCAGAAGAAUUGAUUUGGACUACUUUAAUGACCUUUAAAGCUGCAAGGAAGCAUCCUAGUUUGAUCGCAAUCCAUCGCUUUACCGUUGAAGACUGUGUCCUUCCACCACUAAUGUCUUUGGUCCACAGUCAGAAUGGUAAGUGGAGACUCUUCAGCUUGCAGUUGCUCUCAGAAACCAUAUUGCUUUUGAGCCACGAGGUCAUGGCUGAGAAGAAAGGGGAGAGCCUCAACUCAAGCAGCAAGCUCCUGUCUCCCAUUAGAGAUGUAUUGCUGCCUCAGUAUGAGUGCCUCCUGAAGGCUCCAGACCCAGUGCCAAUGCAUGCUCUGGAACUGCUGGUGGCCCUGACCAAGCACAGCCCUGCUUCUGUGAG